GCUGCGGAUUUGCUGGACAUCGAUGGUGUUGGGCCUAAGUACCAUCUGGAAUUGGUGUUAGAAGACAUCGUUGACCAAGACAGUACUGUUAACUGCACUGCUGAGGUUCUUUACCAUCUGGGCAACAAAAACAUUGCUCCAGAUGUGCAAUUCACAAUUGAAGGAGAACUUAAGAACACAGAUGAAGCAGAUAACAUAUUCUACAGUCAAAUCAAGAGCCUGGAAAAAGAGCUUGUGGCAGAAAACAUACCAGACAGCCAUGGCCACGUGUCCCCAGAAAUGGAGCCCAUCCGCCUGCUAGCAUGGGUUGCCUCUGGCUAUGUGAUGUGGCAGAACUCAACUGAAAACACUAAGUUCCAAUUUGCCCAAAUUAAACAUGUGAAGCAAGUGAAAAGAAGUGAUGAAUAUCUUGAAUUUGACUACAUGAUUCUACUUCAUGAAAUGGUGUCCCAGGAGAUCAUUCCCUGGCAAAUGACAGUUCUCUGGCACCCACAGCAUGGCAUUCAAGUAACACAGGACAGCCGUCAGCCAAAACAUGCAUCGGAAUAACAGACCACCUCAUACCGCAGGGGAAGAAGCUCAAAUGCUACAAUAAGCAUUUGAAGGGAGGGCAGAUAAGUUAUGAGGGUGGAUAUGCAAUCAAGGUACGAAGAAAAAAAGUCCUUCCUCAAUUAAACUUUUCCUGUACAUUGUGCUUUUAUCUGAUAAUCCAAAAGGCACUUUCUCUGCUACAUAAUCAAAUUCUGCAUCAAAGUAAAUUAAAAAACCUCUGUUGCCAGAAAGAAUACUUACGACACAG